AUGCCUGUCGACGACAUCGUCAUUAAUCCCUCCCUACUACCAGUCUUUCAGACAAGCGCAGAAACCCUAUCGCAAUGCGAAAAUCUGCUCGCCAUGAUUGACCCUAGAAGCCUUGACUCUCCACCAUCGCAAGACUUUAUCUUAUCGGUAUCAAAACAGCAAAAGCUGGUCUUUUCUCUUUUAUCACAACUGCGAGGACUGAAUCGUGACGCCAUUCUCAACGUCAGGGCCACAAAACAGAAGACUGCGGAGGCGCGACAGGAGAUCGAUAGGCUUCACCUACACCUGCAGAAUCUAUACUAUGAACAGAGGCAUUUGAAUGGAGAGAUUGCGGCGUGUGAAUCUUAUGAUCACAAGUAUCUCUCUCUUCCCCUGAUAUCCGUCGAGGAAUUUGUAGCCAUUCAUCCCGAAUUGUCCGAAGCCGACCCUAACGAGCUCAUGAUUGCGCGCAUAAACCACGAGCACGCGGAACGAGAGAAAUUAGAGCAGGCCAGACAAGAGCUUCUGAAGCGGAAACAAGCCUUGAUCGCGGAAAACAAGAAACGAAAAGAUGACUUGGCCAAUUUAGAUCAAGAUCUGGAGAGGUUUAUCGAUGCUGCGAAACCAAUCCAGAAGAUUUUUGAGAAGGAAUAUUGA